UAAGCUUAUCAAACACAUUGAUCAAUAAAAACAUAGGUUCAUUUGAAAUAAACUUCUUACGUGCCAGUAGUUUCGUUUCGAGUCCAACAUACAGAAAAAUCGACCACAACAUGAUAUCACUUCACAAUUUGAAGAAAACAUUACCUUCCUAUUACAUCAAUUUAAUCCACUUCCACAUUCUAACAUCAAUCACAGCAUCAUUUCCACUUCCUCCAGACACCAUCGCAAUUUCACAAGAACCACAAACACAGAUCGUUUACCCCGCAGCUGUGGAAACAAGGGCCACAAUGAGAAUGCGUCACACGUUCAUACUACGCUGUGAAUUCUAUUCAGAGAUGACGAAAACGGGUCCAUUUGUCGACAAAAGUUUACUGCUGGAAAAAAUUUUCAACCCUCUGGCACCAAAUUACAUACUGGUGACCGCCCCACACAAUUGGGCAUUUCAGACAUAUCGGAAAAUAAUACGGAGGCCAGUUUCCAGAAAUUUUUCAAAACGAUGACGAAAAAUUUAAGAUUCUUAUGAACGAGUCAUCGAUACAUCAAGUACAAAUUAGAGUCAAUGGCUGUCCAAGAUCCCAGCAUAGGAACAAUUUUAGAGAAGUUUGAAUCAAUAUCCACAAACAACGAUGUCAGCGAGUCGAUGGCUCUGCGAAGUAUGCAAAUUCUGUACCGAUGUAUUCGAUUAUGUUUUCCCGAUGGAAAAAUACUCGUACUCAUUGACAACUACGAUUCGAUUUUCGAAAAAAUUUACCUUUCUCCGGGGUUCAAUUAUGAUUCAGAAGAUGCCCGAAAGAUUAAAUUGUUCAUUCGUGAUUUCUUGAAGAAAACGUGUCAAAAACCAGCAUCAUUCCCAGGUUACAGGAUGGUUAAACAAUUGAAAGUGAUAAUUACUGGGGUCACUCACGUACCCGGAUCUGAUUUCUUUCCAGAUUUGGAUGAUUCGACCGAAUGGAGUAUGACGAAUUCAGGAAUUUACCCUUAUUAUGGAUUUACAUCGGAUGAAGUGGAGCAACUAGCGAAUUUACGAUCAGUAGAUUACUAUUACAUGAAGUCACUACUUCAGAAUACUUACGAUGGCUACCGAGAUAUCAGUUGCCCAGAUCAGCCCCUUUUCAAUCCUGUAUCGGUGAUCGAAUUUUUAAACCAUCGGGGUCCAGUUAGCUUUUGGUCAAAGGAUGAAGGCAAUACUCUCAGAGAAAUAUUAUUCCAGUUGUCAAAAAAUUUAGAGAUGGUGUAUUUAUUCGGAUUAUUACUGAUCGGCAAACCAAUUAAGAUUUCAGCCUCAGCUAAUCAAGGAAUACCCAUCGAUAAAAUAGACAAUAUUGCUGCUGCAAUACGAGGGGAAUUCGUCAGAGUGCUUGACGAUAGAAGCAUUCAUCAAAUUUUUAGUUUCCUAUUAUCAUACGAAUAUCUUACCCUAGCCACUAAACAACCACCGAACGCGAGCUUCUUCAAUGCUAAACUUUCUCGUAAAGAAAUUAAGGACGUUUCUAUGAAAGCAUUUUUACAAAAUCAUCUUACCGCACGUCUUCUCCAUCAUCAUCAAUACCUGAUCAACGAUACAAUUCUGGCUUUUGGCAAUUAUAUCGAAGACAGCAGUGACAAAUCAAACGAACAGCUCAAAGUUACGAUCAGUCGUUUGUUCGACAAAACUGGCCCAUUGAAAAACUUCAAAACAGCGAUUGAACGUUAUAAAAAUGAAAAACCAAAGGGUGAAUUUGUGAAUGUGGUGUUUAAUGAUGUCGAAGAAUCAGCAGCUAGAGGAAUCUUAGCUCACGUAUUGGUAAAACUACAGUACAAUGGUAUUUUGAAUGUAUCCAUGGAUGAAGAACAGGUUGUGGAGAGGGAGAGCAACGAGUUCAAUUUCAAAAUUUGCAUGCUGGGAUAUGACGAAGAGGGGCGAGUAAUUAUCAUAAAACAUGAGCAUGUCGAAGAGGAUUCGGUCGAAGAAUAUGAUUUACAGCAAGCAGUCAAAGAUAACGCCCAUCUGAUACAAAAAAUUAUUUCUUCUCCACUCAAAUAUUGUAAAAUUGUAACGUUGAACACGUUUAACAGCAAUGAUCUAAAGAUGAAUUUUCAAGUAAUAAAUGCAAUUUGAUUAGAACACAUUGGUCGAAAAAGGACAUAAGAGCGACAGGUUCCACAGAGAUUUUGUUCAUCGGUCUGUGAAGAGGAAAUCAGCCAAUUCACAAUUCAAAGUUUUUGGAACCUCCAGAAAGUUUUGAAUUUUUUUAAAAUUUUUCAGAUAGACAGAUGUUUUUUCAAGCGAGGCAAAAACAAGUCACAAAAUGAGAACAUCCCCCUCUUCAUACCCUUUGAUUGAAAUGUAUUUUUUCCCGAAUUGUAGUGCCUUUCUAGCGGGUUUAAAAAUUUUUAAGUUCAAAAACCAAAAAAAAAAUCGCUAAAAUGAUUGCUCAAAACGUCGUCAAAAAAAUUCCUCAAAAAUUGUUACUAUUCUAAAAAUGAGAAAUUUUGCUCUGUGCAAUAUUGGUCAUUGCAUUUUUCUGUAAGACUCAUUGGUUUUUCUUCAAUCACAACUAGGUAAUCGAUUUUUGAAGAAAAAAAAAUUGUAAGUGCAUCUCAUGAAAAAAUGCGGAGAAACAAAAUGUUAUAUACAAAAUGAAUGAUGUUCGCAUCGUUUUUUGAACUACUUUCCUACAUAAAUGAAACACCAGCAAAGAAGUGAAGUAAGUUUUUCAAAACGCGAAACUUUGCAUACCUGUGGGACUAAUUGAAAUAUUAGGUAUGUAUUUGAUUAACCAUGAUAUAUAAAAUCAUACAUGGUAU